CGCGGAGCGGACACCGCCCCAUCGGCAAACGAGCGAGGCGUGAAAUCUCCGACCGGUGUGCCGCGGUGCGAGCAAGCGAUGCAGGCCGACGCGCUGCCGGGCCUGGCUGUCACGCUCCUGCUGCUGCUGCUGCCAGUCCUGCUCCGCCUCUUCCGAUGGCUGAUCGCGUACCUGGACGGCUUGCGCCGCGGCGGCUCGUUGGACGACGACGACCUGCUGCCUGCGUUCGACUACCAGGUGGCGGGUCACAUGGGCCUCUCCAACGAGGGCGGCUCGCUCCUCGUCCCCGAGCCGGGCAGGAUCGCCAAGCCGGUCGGUCUCGGCUACUUUGCGGGCGAGGACCGCUUCUACCAGACGCUGCGCGACACUCCCGAGCUCGCGGCCUUCUGCCCCGCGUUCUACGGGCACCGCUCGAUCCGCGGGCGCCGCUUCGUCGUGCUGGAGGACCUGACGCACGGCAUGCGCGAGCCGUGCAUCGUCGACAUCAAGCUCGGCACCACCACCGUCGCGCCAGAGGCGGCCUGGUCGAAGCGCAUCACGCACCUCGCCAAGGACCGGGAGACCACCACGCGCUCGCUGGGCGUGCGGCUAAUCGGCGCGAUGCACACAGGCGCGGGGGCGGACGGAGGGCCGCGGCUCAAGCUCGGCAAGCCGUGGGGCAAGGCGAUCCGCCCGGGAGGGCUCACUGCGGCGCUGCGGUCGGUCUUCUCCAACGAGGGGCGGCUGUGCCGCCGCGCACUGCGACACUACGUGCUCUGUCUCGACAAGCUGCUGAGGGUGCUGCAGUCCGCUCCUCGCUGGCAGCUCGUCUCCUCCUCCCUCCUCUUCGUCUUCGAGCCGGAGUUCGAGGCCUCCUCCUCCCCCGCCUCCCCUGCACGGCCGAGGGCUCUCGCCGGCGCCCCGCCGCCGCCGCUCGCCCGCAAAGGCACAAGCGCCGGCGGCCGAUCCCCCCCCCGCGGAUCUCCUCCCCGCGGCUCCUCUCGCCCGAUCGCCGCCGCCGCCGCAACGCGCUUCGGCGCGAGCAGCGCAUGGCGGAGGCAGCGGCGGAGUGCCGCCGCUGCUGGUUUGCCUCGCCAACGUCGAGAAGCCGGGCAUGACACGCGCCAAGGCGUGCCACGCUGGCUUCCUCGCCGCCAUCGAGCGGUUCGCGGCGGAGGUGCGCGCCGUGGCGCGCGUGCCGCCGUGAGCCGAGGCCGUGUGUAGAUUUGGCGAUCUCGCCGCGGCACGGUUGGAGGGUGGAGCUCGGCGAGACGCGGAGGGAUAAAAUAGAGAACUUCGAGCAUCCCCUCUCUGUGUGCAUCCCGCUGACAAUUACUCUACCUGUGGCUCCGCGGGGCUGCUCUAGCAACCUCUGUGUCACCCGGAAUCCAUACUGUCACUCCAAAUCCAUAAAGUAUCUCGUUGGCGC